UUGGUCGCGUCUAGCCAUCAUGGCGGCGCCCCUGUAACCCGGUACCACCGUGAAAGGGACGGUGGCGGCGCGGGCCCGCGGGGUCAGGAGUCACCAUGCUACGGGCUGCAUGGCGGGCGCUGAGUUCGGUUCGCGCGCAGGCAGUGGCGCAGGUCCCAAUCUCAGCGCUGCGGGGCGGAGGAAGCGCGGGGCCGCCCUCAGCGCGCUGCGGCCUGUGGCCAACGUGUCUCCUACAUGCUGCGCGUGCACACACCAUUCAGAAACCAGUCCAGCCCAGCAAAGACAAUGAACCGCCCAGUUCCACACUCAUCAAAGAAUACAAGAACAUCAUCCCUGGCAUGGAGAAGGUUGAUGAUGUUGUAAAAAGAAUCUUGUCAUUGGAAAUGGCCAACCAGAAAGAAAAGCUAAAAAUCAAGCAAGAAUUGCUGAUGAACAAGAUUGCAGAAAACCCUGAGGACACCAGAUCCCUGGAGGCACGAAUUGUUGCCUUGACGGUCAAGAUCCAAAAUUAUGAAGAACACAUGCAGAAUCACCGAAAGGACAAAGCACACAAACGCUAUCUGCAGAUGAGCAUUGACCAGAGGAAUAAGAUGCUCAAAAACCUCCGCCAGACAAACUAUGAUGUCUUUGAGAAGACGUGCAGAGAGCUGGGGAUUGAAUACACCAUUCCUCCUCUGCAUUGCCAUAGGGUCCAUCGCCGCUUCCUGGCCAAGAAGGCUCUGUGCAUUCAGGUUUUCCAGACAGUGCAAAAGCUGAAGAAGCAAAGAAGGGCCUUAAAAGCUGCAGCAGCCACCGCCCAAGAACAAAACAACCAGGGGAGACCAGAGAACCCUUCCGAAGCUCUACCAGAGGGGUCCAAAGAAAGCCAAUAAAGUCUCUUUUGUCUUGAAGAAUAA